UCUCAAUCAUUGCUCAAUUAUUUAAUAAAUUGAACCCCGUGGAGCUCCAAUAACAAUAACCAAAAAAUUUUGAUCACCACCAUGAACCCAUCAUCCUUCCAUCAUAUCUCCGGAGCCAUUUUCUUUAUUCACCUUCUUUUUUGCUUGCUUAUCCUCAACAAAACCAAAGCUGCCCCAACUAAUCAAUACGACAUAUGCCCAAACACAACAACUUACACUCCCAAUAGCACAUACGAAACCAAUCUCAAAACCCUCCUCUCUGUUCUCUCCUCCAAUUCCACCACCACCACCAAUGGAUUCUCCAACUACACCACUGGCCACAGCCCCGCCGACACAGCCUACGGUCUCUUUCUCUGCCGUGGCGAUGUUUCAACCGACGUCUGUCGCGACUGUGUGACCACUGCUACCAAAGAUGUACUACAAAAAUGUCCCAAUUUGAAGGUUGCUACGAUUUGGUACGAUCAGUGCAUAUUGCGAUGCUCGAACCAAUCUAUUUUCUCUAUUGAUGAUCAAUCUGGGCCUGUAAUCUUGUAUAAUAUAGAGACCAUAACGGACCCAAACAGGUUUAGAGAUGUAUUGGCAGGGGUACUGGAUGACAUAGUGACUCGGGCUUCAAAUAAUUUGUCUGGAAAGAAGUUUGCGACUAAAGAAGCCAACUUCACAUCUCUACAAAAGCUGUAUGGGCUAGCGCAAUGCAUGCCAGACAUAACUAGCUUUGAUUGCAAUAAGUGUCUCCGAAAUGCUAUCUCGAGUUAUCAGAAUUGCUGCGAUGGAAAAAAAGGUGCGAGAGUUCUGUAUUCUGGCUGCACUUUCAGGUUUGAGACUUACCCUUUUUACAACACUGCUGCAAUUGCCGCUGCACCACCGCCUUCCCUGGUCCUUCAUCCUCCUCCUCCUUCUCCAACUGGUCCUUCAAUUAGUCCAGGAAAGGGAGGAAUCUCGUCGCAAGUACUCGUUGCCAUCAUUGUUCCAGUUGGAGCCUCUGUUUUGCUUUUCAUCAUAGGCUUUUGUUUCCUACGCAGGAAAGCAAAGACGAAACGUGAUGAUACUAAAGACGAUAGUGCUGUGAAUGAAAUCACAGCAGUUGAGUCCUUGCAAUAUGAUUUUGGUACUAUUCAAGCAGCCACAAACAACUUCUCUGAUGAUAACAAAAUCGGUGAAGGUGGAUUUGGUCAUGUCUACAAGGGUAAACUUAUUAAUGGAAAAGAAAUAGCUGUCAAGAGGUUAUCUCAAAACUCAGGGCAAGGUGGAGAAGAAUUCAAGAAUGAAGUUUUGCUGGUAGCCAAGCUUCAACAUAGAAAUCUAGUGAGACUACUAGGAUUUUGCUUGGAAGGAGAAGAGAAGAUACUCAUUUAUGAAUUUAUGCCCAACAAAAGCCUUGACCACAUUCUAUUCGAUUCCCAAGAGCACGGAAAAUUGGAUUGGCCAAAACGUUAUAAGAUUAUUGAAGGGAUAGCUCGAGGGAUGCUCUAUCUUCAUGAAGAUUCCCAACUUAGAAUUAUACACCGUGAUCUCAAAGCUAGUAAUAUUCUGUUAGAUGGGGCCAUGAAUGCAAAAAUUUCAGAUUUCGGCAUGGCAAGGAUCUUCGGUGUGGAUCAAUCUCAAGGAAAUACAAGUCGAGUCGUUGGAACAUUCGGUUACAUGUCUCCGGAAUAUGCAAUGCAUGGACGGUUCUCUGUAAAGUCCGAUGUUUAUAGCUUUGGUGUAUUAGUUUUGGAGAUCAUAAGUGGCAAGAAAAUCAGUGACUUCGAUCAAUCAAACAACGUUGAGGAGCUGCUUAACUAUGCUUGGAAACUUUGGAAGAACGGAACACCAUUGAAAUUGAUGGAUCCAACUUUGGAAGUAUCGUAUUCAAGAAAUGAAGUCUCCAGAUGCAUCCAUAUUGGUUUGUUGUGUGUUCAAGAAGACCCAGACGCUAGGCCCUCCAUGGCAACAGUAGUUUUGAUGCUCAACAGUUACACUAUUACCCUAGCAAUUCCUAAAGAACCUGCAUUCUUUUGUCCUAGUAAAACAGGGUUAAAUAUAGGACAAGGUGUAGAGUCAGAUCAAUCUACAAGUAAGUCAAUACCAUUGUCUGUGAAUGACGUAACAAUUUCUGAAUUAGACCCUAGAUAAUAUGAGAAGCCUAUGACAUAUCCAAGGUUGACGGAUAAAUUUACAGUGUGAAAUGAAUACAAGUAAACUCAAACACUCUAGUGGGUUAGUUAUAUUUUUAGUUCCAAAUGUGAGUCUUAUGCUGUGCCAUUUUAAUUUCUACUGUUUAAAUUGUAUUUCAAUUUAGUUUUCAAUAUAUAAUUGUAUUAAUCUAAUUUCCAAUAUAUAAAAAAUAUUUCAACUUAGUUCCCCAAUAA